UUUCUAGACGGGACCCAAGUGGUGUUGCACCGGGUGUAACCAACGAACUAACGAUAGGCUAGUUAGAUGUAGCUAGCUAGCUUUAGAUUCUUGUCGGCGUACGCAGCUGUAGAAUGAACAUUAUACACACGAUUAUUGAGGGAAACAAAUGAAACUCGUUGGCAUCACUUUAUUUUACGGUCGCACUACUGUUGUCGUCGACAUCUACAGUUUAUUUGUUUUCAUCAUUAGCUGUCCCGUCUCGAUCAGUUAGCUAGUUAGCCUCUUCAGCUAGGGACAGUAGCGUAUGGGUGUCAAACUUAGCCGUGACUUCACCGGGUGUCUGGUUGCUUGAUCUCACAUUUCGGACACGUCAAGGUUCCUCAAAUCCGUAUCUUGAUUUUGGGGGCUGUGAUGUCGGAGCCCAAGACCCCCACUCCAACCCCGGCUGGUGAUACAUACAAAGGAUGGGUGUUCAAGUGGACAAAUUACAUCAAGGGUUAUCAGCGGAGGUGGUUUGUCCUGAGCAAUGGGCUGUUGUCAUACUACAGGACCCAGGCAGAGAUGGGCCACACAUGUCGGGGCACAAUCAACUUGGCCACAGCAACUAUCACUGUGGAUGACGCCUGCAACUUUGUCAUCUCAAAUGGCGGGGCACAGACGUACCACCUGAAGGCCAGCUGUGAGGUGGAACGUCAGCGCUGGAUCACUGCUCUUGAGCUGGCCAAAGCAAAGGCAGCACGCAUGCAGGCUGAGUCAGAUGACUCCGGGGACGACUUCUCGCCAUCAUCUGCCCCGGUGGUGCCCGGACAAGGCGGCGGGUCGCAGAAUUCUGAAGUCCAGUCUGCCCUCAGAACACUAGGCAGCAAAGUGGAGGAUCUCAGCACAUGCAACGACCUGAUCUCAAAGCAUGGCUCUGCCCUCCAGAGAUCUUUAUCAGAACUGGACAGUUUGCGUCUGACUGGAGAGGCUGGGGAUAAGAUUCGUCAGGUCACAGAGAGGGCCACACUGUUCCGUAUCACCUCUAAUGCCAUGAUUAAUGCGUGCCGAGACUUCCUCACUCUGGCUCAGGCUCACAGUAAGCGCUGGCAGAAGGCCCUGCAGGCGGAGCGGGAGCAGAGGGUGAGGCUGGAGGAGACGUUAGAGCAACUGGCCAAGCAGCACAAUCAUCUGGAGCGAGCGUUCAGAGGAGCCGCACAGGCUAACGCUACAGCAGACAAUAAAAGUGCUGCUGGACCUGGGAAAGGUGAAGCCAGCGAUGAGGACGAUGACAAUGAAUUCUUUGAUGCCAUGGAAGAGGCGCCUGAGUUUAUCACUGUGCCAGCUGACCCGCAGUUUCACAAACGGUCAAGCAGUAACAUCAGCGGUUUCAACAGUGAAAUGUGCCCUGAUGACCAGUCGCUUAAUGAGGAGCCUCUUGUGAUGAACCAGGAGUCCCCGUCUCAGGAGCUGGUGCCCUUGAAGAAGAGGCGGACACGCAUCCCAGACAAACCCAAUUAUUCGCUCAACCUGUGGAGUAUUAUGAAGAACUGCAUUGGCAAAGAGCUGUCCAAGAUCCCGAUGCCUGUGAACUUCAACGAGCCAAUUUCGAUGCUGCAGCGGCUGUCGGAGGACCUCGAGUACCACGAGCUGCUGGACAAGGCCGCCAAGUGCCAGAGCUCCCUGGAGCAGAUGUGCUACGUGGCCGCCUUCUCCGUGUCCUCCUACUCGACCACCGUCUACCGCACGGGCAAGCCCUUCAACCCUCUGCUGGGAGAGACGUACGAGCUGGACCGGCGGAGAGAGAGCGGCUACCGCUCUCUCUGUGAGCAGGUGAGUCACCACCCCCCUGCGGCAGCACAUCACGUGAUUUCGGAUCGCGGCUGGACCCUAAGGCAGGAAAUCACUGUUGCCAGCAAGUUCAGGGGCAAAUAUCUCUCUAUUAUGCCCCUAGGCACAAUUCAUGCCAUCUUUGAGAAGGGCAACAAUCACUACACAUGGAAGAAAGUUACCACCACAGUGCACAACAUCAUUGUGGGAAAGCUGUGGAUCUGAUCAGAUCAAUCUGGAGAGAUAGACGUAGUGAACCACACCACCGGAGACCGCUGCCAUCUGAAGUUUGCUCCUUACAGCUACUUCUCCAGAGAUGUGGCCAGGAAGGUGACAGGUGUGGUGAUGGACAAAGACGGCAAAGCCCACUACGUGCUGUCGGGGACGUGGGAUGAGAAGAUGGAGUUCUCCAGAGUGAUGCAGAGCAGCCGCGGCGGUGAGAACGGAACCGAGGGCAAACAGAAGACGGUUUACCAAACACUCAAAGCUAGAGAAGUCUGGAGGCGGAAUCCGUUACCUGAGGGAGCAGAAACCAUGUACUACUUCACUGCCUUGGCGCUGACCCUAAACGAGCCUGAGGAUGGUGUGGCGCCCACUGACAGCCGGCGUCGGCCUGAUCAGCGCCUGAUGGAGGACGGCCGCUGGGACGAGGCCAACGCCGAGAAGCAGCGGCUGGAGGAGAAGCAGCGCAUCGCCCGGCGGGAAAGAGAGCGGGAGGCCGCCAGCCAACGCACCUCCAGCCAGUCAGAAGAAGGUGCACCUCAUGACAACUACCAGGCACUUUGGUUUGAGCGCUGCGAGGACCGGAUCACAGGAGAGCCGGUCCAUAUCUAUAAGGGAGGCUACUGGGAAGCUAAGGAACGUGGCAGCUGGGACGGCUGCCCAGACAUAUUUUGACCUCGGUAUUGACUGCAAAGUGCCCUGAAGAAACUGAUCCAUCAUGGCCGCCUGGUGGACAGCUACCACAAAGGCCUGCUCGUCCCCUAUUUGGACGGUCGCUUCCCUCCAGUGGCUCUCUGUUCUAAGAGAUCUCCAGGACGGUCACUGCCGUCUGAUCUAGAGGAAGCAAGGGUUUUCCCCUCUGUCCUCCCUCAUCCCCAUUUUGGUUCCUGUGUCCUUGAGUCUUAGCACCUACCCCCCUCCACCCCCCCCUUGUUGCUGUCACAUCUGAGAGGACUGGAAUGAUUGUUUACCGUGCUGCUUUGACUCGGGUCUGAGGCUAAGCAAAAGAGGGAGGAAAUGAAAUGGGCAGUGCUUCCAAAUCUGUAGUAGAUCAUUCUUUUAAUCUCUCUCCUCAAGUCUGUUCAGUCUGUGAGAUCAGGAACAGAAGAGGUUUUGUGCUGAUAACACCCUGUGAGAUAAUGUAUUGUUCAUAUUGUCAUCCACAGCAUUGUGUGCUUUGGUAAUAACUCUAAAAAAAAGUGGGGUGGGGGGUGGGGCGGGGUAAGACCUGGUUAAUAUAUAGAUUUAUAUAUACAUAUGAUCAAAAUGUUGACUGGUGGCCUUCAAGAUGUUAGCGAGGAUUUCUUGUUUAUCUCUCUGAUUUAGUGUCUUAAUGUAAUGAAGUGAAGGUUCCAGUGUGCUUGUGUGUAUGACUGCGUAUCUGCUCUUCCAUCACUUUACACUGCAACUGUGCAGUAAAAAAAAAAAGAAGAAGAAAUGAUUGUCCAGAAAACUGGUUGACCCUCUACACUGUCACGUUUUCUAGCUAGAAGGGAUUUUUUUUCUUUGCUGAGGCUUGGUGGAAAUUAUGAUGGUGGAAAUUAUGACGUGGGUACAAGGCCUAAAACAUUGUUUCUCUUUGCCUUAGAAAUGAGCAACCUGCUCUCACUUGUAUUUACAUCACACGUUAGUGGAUAUGGUGUGGACAUUUAUCACUGGUUUCUUGUACAAAUGUUAAAACUUUGAAGAAAUAGUUGGGAAAAGACUACAAAGCUGCAAAAUUGCAAACAAGUUUGUUCCAGUGCUGAGGAAAUCUCACAUUAGUGCAGUUUCAUCCAUUAACAGUUAAUGUAAUGACCUUUUUUCACAGCGUUGGAAUAAUGUUUAGCCAUUUUGCAAAUUAAGUGAAUGGUAACUAAGUUACAUUGCAGUAAAACAUGUUUUUAAAAAGUGUGGGAUACUUGGUGUGAUUUUUUUUCUUUCUCUUUUUUUGACAGUAACAGAUAAAUGAGCAAAGAAAACAAUGAAAGUAAAUGCAGUGGUGAAAGUAAAUGUCACACCUUCAUUUAUCUGCUGAAGAGUUCAUACAUAUGCAAGUACAUUCUGACACCAAAAAUAUGGAAUAUAAUGUGUGUGUGCAUUUCAUAAUUUUGUUUGUAAGUGUACUUAAAAAUGAAGAAUAAAGAAACAAAGAAUUUAAAA